CGGGCCAGCCGGAGGCGGGGCGGACGCAGGAGGGGGUGUGUCUGGGGAGGGGCCUGGCAGGUCCCAGAAGGUGGCGAGUUUCGCGGCCAGAGGCUUACAGGUCCAGGUGGAGAGGCCGGGCUGGCCAGGGCUUCGGCCUCCGGCGUCGGGAAAUGGCGGCGGGGGGCAGGAUGGAGGACGGUUCCUUGGAUAUCACCCAGAGUAUUGAAGACGACCCACUUCUGGAUGCCCAGCUUCUCCCACACCACUCAUUACAAGCUCACUUUAGACCCCGAUUCCAUCCUCUUCCUACAGUCAUCAUAAUGAAUCUUCUGUGGUUUAUUCAUCUUGUGUUUGUUGUUUUAGCAUUUUUAACAGGUGUGCUUUGUUCUUAUCCUAAUCCAAAUGAGGACAAGUGCCCAGGAAAUUACACAAACCCAUUGAAAGUUCAGACGGUUAUAAUCCUUGGGAAAGUUAUUUUGUGGAUUCUCCAUUUACUCCUUGAAUGCUACAUCCAGUAUCACCACAGCAAAAUCAGAAACCGAGGCUAUAACUUGAUCUACCGAUCGACAAGGCAUCUCAAGAGACUUGCGUUGAUGAUACAGUCCUCUGGCAACACAGUGCUUCUCCUCAUACUAUGCAUGCAGCACUCCUUCCCAGAGCCUGGCAGAUUGUAUCUUGACCUCAUUCUGGCCAUCUUGGCACUGGAACUCAUCUGUUCCCUGAUAUGUCUCCUCAUUUACACAGUGAAAAUCCGGAGAUUUAAUAAAGCUAAACCAGAGCCUGAUAUACUUGAAGAAGAAAAAAUCUAUGCUUACCCCAGCAAUAUUACCUCGGAGACUGGAUUCAGAACUAUUUCAAGCCUAGAAGAAAUUGUUGAAAAGCAAGGAGACACCAUUGAAUACCUGAAGCGACACAAUGCGCUGCUGAGUAAGCGAUUGUUGGCUCUCACUUCCUCAGACCUGGGCUGUCAGCCAAGUAGAACGUGAGAGGCUCACGGUCAUGACAGCAAUUGCAGAGGAACCCAGAGUAAUUGAGACUGACUGACCACCUGACAAGCUGCCACGGGGAACUGCAGCUUUUGCUGAAUAGCAUUUUACAGUGUUUGUUGGAAACCUGAAUUUGGUUCUGACUUCUGUGGCUUAUGGGUCAUUUGAAAAGUACCUGUAGAAGCCUGGAUAACUUGAGGGGAAUGUCUGUUUUGUACUUUUGGAAAUUAUUUAACUGCUUGGUUUAUCCUAGGAUCAGAGGCUAAAGAACUCCAUAGUCAACACUUUUCCACCUGACAUUAGAACCCUGUAAUGAUUUCAUUAUGGAUAGGGGAAGUCUAACAAGACAAUCGAUUUUAAACGGGGUUUUAAUCAAAUAAGUUCUUCCCACUUUUAAGCUGAUGAAAGAAGUCAUUAUUUCUUGUGAAUGUUUUUUCCUGGAGAGCCUUAUCAUGUAUUUUAUAUGCUUAUGUGGUGUUGGAUGACAUCAUGAACCAUAUAGCUUUUAUAGAGAAUUUUUCUCACCAUAGGACUGAGGUCUCACCAGGUGAUCUACUAUGCAAACUCCUACAGUUUUCUAUUCUUAAGUAAUAAGGGCCGGGCACGGCGGAUCAUGAGGUCAGGAAAUCGAGACCAUCCUGGCUAACACGGUGAAACCCUGUCUCUACUAAAAAUACAAAAAAAAUUAGCCGAGCAUGGUGGCGGGCGCCUGUAGUCCCAGCCACCUGGGAGGCUGAGGCAGGAGAAUGGUGUGGACCCGGGAGGCGGAGCUUGCAGUGAGCCAAGAUCACGCCACUGCACUCCAGCCUGGGCGACAGAGCGAGACUCCGUCUCAAAAAAAAAAAAAAAAGAAAAAGAAAAGAAAUAAGAUAUGAUGAUUGAUUACUUGGACCAGUGUUAGACCGACCUGUGUUAGACAAACCUGUGUUGCCUAUUAUAUUGGCAGCACCUUCCAUUAGCAAUAGCUGAAAAAUUCAGAGAAGAAUUUAGAACUUUCACUUUAUUUUUGCCAUUCUUCAAGAAGUUGCUGUAUAUUUCAGUCUGGUUAUACCUUCAAUUGAUCAAUAACUUCAAUUAUAGGAAAGGCAUCUUCUAUAAUUUUAAAUUACUGUAAAAAAAAGAUACCUUUUAAAGCCUUGGAUUAUACUUAAAAAUUGUAAUGGAAGAAAUGCAUAUUAAGUUAUAUGCAGAUAUUAAACAUCUGAUUCUGAAGAUAAAAAUGAAGUAUUUUUCAGAGCAAAUGGCAUUAUUUCUCCAUUUUUCCUAGUAUGCCCCUUUAAUUUGUCAAUUUGCUGUUAGCACUGUUAUAUGCUGCCUUAGAAAGACUUUUGGUUGAAGGCUGAAUAUGAGGGGAGGGGAUAUUUGUGACUGUGUUAAUCUUUUUUGAUCAUUAGCUGAAUAUUCAAUAUUUGAUAUGUAACCAUAUAGGGAUGUGUUCGAUAUAACUAUAUAGGCAAGGGAUAUAUUGAUUUGGCCACAUCUAUUUGAUUUAUGGAGGGCAAAUACCUGUUUCUUUUAGAUACAGCAUUGCCGGGGCAUUCUAAAAGUUUUCUACUAAGAUAAAGAUGAUUGUGUAUGGCUGGGAGCAGUUGCUCAUGCCUGUAAUCUUAGUACUUUGGGAGGCUGAGGCAGGAGGAUCACUCGAGGCCAGGAGUUUGAGACCAGCCUGGGCAACAAUGAGACACUGUCUCUCAAAAAAAAAAAAAAAAAGAUGGUGUGUCACCUGCACACAACAUUCACAAACUAAAGCCAAAUUGUAUUUUUAAAAUUUCCUUUCUCCCUUCCGUUUUUUUUUUGUUUUUUGGGGUUUUUUUUGUUGUUGUUGUUUUUGAGACAGAGUCUCACCCUGUCGCCCAGGCUGGAGUGCAAUGGUGCCUUUCUUUCUUUCUUUCUUUUUUUUUCAGACGGAGUCUCGCUCUGUUGCCCAGGCUGGAGCGCAGUAGCAUGAUCUCGGCUCACUGCAACCUCCGCCUCCCGGGAUUAAGAAAUUCUCCUACCUCAGCCUGCUGAGUAGCUGGGAUUACAGGCACAUGCCACCAUGCCUGGCUAAUUUUUGUAUUUUUAGUACAGGCGGGGUUUCACCAUGCUGGCCAGGCUGGUCUCAAACUCCUGACCUUUUGAUCCGCCUUCCUUGGCCUCCCAAAGUGUUGGGAUUACAGGCAUGAGCCACUGUGCCCGGCCUUCCUUUCUUUUUAAUAAGUGUAUGUAUCUCAAAGCCAUUGCCUUCUCUAGAAAUCUGUUUCUCUGUUCUGGAAGAGCCUAUAAACUUUGCCUUCAGUUGUUUUCCUUUCAAAAGGGAACACCAGUGGUAGAUGAUUAACUCUUAUUUAUUUUUAAAAUUUAAUUUGGAUCUAUAGUCAGUAUCUGAGAUUUAUAGGAUGAACUUUGGUUUACAAGGAACAGUGUAGUUAAAAAGUUAGGGUGCCUAUGUUCUUAUGUAAUCAUCAACAUGUUUGUUGUAUAAUCAUCAACAUUUUUCUGAAUGCAAUGAUGAACAUUUCAAACAAUAAAUGAAAAUGAAACUAAGUAUCAGAAGUAGCAAAACAGCUGAUGCAGUGGCUCACGCCUGUAAUCCCAGCACUUCGGGAGGCUGAGGCAGGUGGAUCACCUGAGGUUAGGAGCUCAAGACCAGCCUGGCCAACAUAGUAAAACCCCAUCUUUACUAAAAAUACAAAAUAAGCCAGGCAUGGUGGCACGCAUCUGUAAUCCCAACUACUCAGGAGGCUGAGGCAGGAGAAUCACUUGAACACAGGAGGCAGAGGUUGCAGUGAGCUGAAAUUGCAUCACUGCAUUCCAGCUUGGGCAACAGAGCUAGACUCGAUCUCAAAAAAAAAAGAAGUAACAAAACAGAAAAAUGAACAAAACAAUUUAAAUGUUAAACAUUCUAUUCACCAGGCUGGUAAUUGUGCUAGCACUGAGGAUACAAAAAUUAAAGACUCUGGUUGGCAGCUUACAUUCUAAAGAGAGCGAGGAAUAGAUUUCCAGACUCUGUGCUAAGUGCAGUAAUGACAGUAGGCCCAACGUGCUGUAGGAGCUCCACGUCAGGGGGUACCCUGGGGGCAGGAGGGUAGAGGGUUUUAAGAAUGCCAGACAAAACAAUGAGUAAAGUAGGAAGGCAAAUAGCUACAAAAUAUCACAAGCACUGUGUAUAGCUGGAACCAAAAGUGUGAGGCAGGACCUGGGUGGAGAGGUAGACAGGGUCAGAGCUUGGAGGGCCUUGAUACUAUGCUGGAAGACUGCACUUUAUCUUGUUGAUAAUGGGAUCCUCUGAAGCAUUUCAAGCAAGGAAGUGACAACGUCAGUUUUAGUUUCAGCAGGAUCAGAUGGUAGUUCAAUAUGGAGGAAAUAUGUGUGGCAGAAAGAUAUGGCCCUGAACUAGGGCAGGUAUAGUAAACCUUUUAUUAUAAGUAUGUAUGUGUAUAGGUAUAUAGAUAGAUAUAGGUAUAUAUGUAUGUAUAUGUAUUCCAAAUGACAACAGUAUCACGACUUACUAUAAAGUUAAAAGCUCAUUUUUUUAAAAAUGGCAAUAUGGAAAAAUAUAAAGCAAAACAAUUAUUUGAAAUCUCACUACCAAGGGAUUAUACCAAUGUACACUUUUUUUGUUUUGUUUUUUGUUUUUAGUCUCACUCUGUCUCCCAGGCUGGAGUGCAGUGGUGUGAUCUGGGCUCACUGCAACCUCCUUCUACCGGGUUCAAGCAAUUCUCCUGCCUCAGCCUCCCAAGUAGCUAGUACUACAGAUGCAUGCCACUAUUUUUUAGUACAAAAAUAUUAAAAAUUUGGGCCGGGUGUGGUAGCUUACGCCUGUAAUCCCAGCACUUUGGGAGGCCAAGGUGGGUGGAUCACAAGAUCAGGAGUUAGAGACCAGCCUGGCCAAGAUGGUGAAACCCCAUCUCUACUAAGAAUACAAAUAUCAGCCGGGUGUGGUGCAGGGUGCCUGUAAUCCCAGCUACUCUGGAGGCUAAGGCAGGAGAAUUGCUUGAACCCAGCAGGUGGAGGUUGCAGUGAGGCAAGAUCACGCCACUGUACUCUAGCCUGGGCCACAGAGCAGGCUCCAUCUCAAAAAAAAAAAAAAAAAAUACUAAAAAUUUUGUAUUUCGGCUGGGCACGGUGGCUCACACCUGUAAUCUCAGCACUUUGGGAGGCCGAGGCGGACAGAUCACGAGGUCAGCAGAUCGAGGCCAUCCUGGCCAGCAUGGUGAAACCCUAUCUCUACAAAAAAUACAAAAAUAUUAGCAACAUUAGCUGGGUGUGGUGGUGUGCGCCUGUAAUCCCAGCUACUCAGGAGGCUGAGGCAGGAGAAUUGCUUGAGCCUGGGAGGCAGAGAUUGCAGUAAGCCAAGAUGGUGCCACUGCACUCCAGCCUGGCGACAGAGCAGAGCGAGACUCCAUCACAAAAAAAAAAAAAAAAAGAAAGAAAGAAAAGAAAAAAAAUUAUAUUUCUAGUAGAGACGGGGAUUCACCAUGUUGGCCAGGCUGAUCUUGAAUUCCUUACCUCAGGUGAUCCACCUGCUUUGGCCUCCCAAAAUGCUGGGAUUAUAGGCAUGAGCCAGCUCACCUGGUCUCCAUACCCUUACCAAUAGUGGGUGUUACCUUAUUUAAGUCUUGACCCAUCUGAUGAGUGUGUCAUUGUUUCAAAUUGUAUUUCUUUGGAUACUAAUGCAGUGUUAAACAUUUUUUCCAAAUUA